UGAAUUGGCCUAAUCCUAUUUGUUUGCGACCGCGCCGCUGCCUAAGCACGACUACUGUUAUUUCACAUCUGCUAUUGCACCGCCAACUUUGUCAUGGGCAACAGCCAAGAAAAGUAAGCUCCUCACUUGUGUUGUACUAGCAGUGUCCUCAUUUUUUCCCUCUUGUCUCUGGGGUUCUCGUGGGAACGACGCUAUUUCUGACGCUUGAUAGACCCAGGAUGACAUCUACCACCGCGAGAUUUCGACGUCGUUGCACCUGCAGUUGCUGUUGUUCUUCGGAUUUUGGUACAAGGUGCUUUUCGCGGUCUGCCUUAUUCUUGCCGGGUGGUACAAGGCGCGGUGGAUAAGCGACGUGCCGCUGGCCAUCACCCUGUACAUUCUGACUGUUGCCUAUGCAAGAACAAAAAAAGUGUGUAUUGCUGUAAGUCCCUACAACUACGGAAAGUUCUGCACAGUAUGCACUUCUCAUGCUAGACAUGCGUCAUAGGCUAGUUUCAUACAUGUUUUCACGUACUGCCUGCGCAUGGCAAGUUUUUGCUGUCAUGCCAGACAGAUUUGUCAUGCCGUCAAGCCAAGACAUAGACACCUACUCUACACUAACACAGUUUUUUUCCUGCAUACCGCCUUCGUCUUCUUUCUGGAGCCGUUUCGCUACUACCUGGGGUACCGCGGCAACCUCUCGGAGAACGUCCCGCACCUGUUUCUUUUCCUGAUUCUCACCGUCUUUCCGGGCAUGAUUCUGGAGAUUUUUCUCCUCCUCAGCCCCGACCUUCUCCCCGAAGUCGGGCCGAACUCCAAGUGCCACCCGCGGUGCAUGCUACCCCUGGAGAAGGCCCUGCUGUACGUGGAUCUUGGCCUGUUUUUAGUGCUGCAGUUCUGCUUCGGCGUCAACGCACUGCGGGCGCUCAUCGCCAAAAACACCACCGAAUUCUACCUGAUGCAGGACUAUGGCAGGGAAAGGAGUGAUUUUUAUCUCCCCUCAGGGUCGUGAUGUACGACUUUAGUAGCAGGCUCUAAGUGAAGAUCUAAUUUGUCAUGCGCAUCUGGGCAUGCGCCUUCCUUUUGUCAGGAUGCUUUAGCAUUGUAUGAGGCCACAUCGCUCGCAUACAAAUUGUUCAUCAGCGUGGCUGUGACCGGGAUAAUUUCUCUACGGCCCACACCAGCACUCUCGAAAGAAAGGUUUCGUCGUGAAGUCAUUCACUUUCCCUCCAUAACCCCGAGCAGGUAGCGUCCGCGUUUAUAUCGGCCGAAGGUGGCGGUAGUGGGUCCCCAACUGCGCGGCUGAGAAGGGCCUUUUCCGGGGCAUAAAAACAUUUAAGAUUAAGCCAUGAAUUCCUCUUGCCCAUGACUCGUGACUUUGAUUCCUUUCAUUUUUCGCGACGUUCACCAGCUGCUCGUAUCUGAUGCAGCUCCCCCUGUAGUAGACAAAGCCCGCAAAAAGAUGAAUUCGAACUGCUACACGCAUGCACCUUAUCGGUCGGCUCGGCGGCAGUGAGUAGUACCAUGGACGAUGAUUCGUUGCAUUUUUUGGACAUCAAAAUGUGGCGCUCAGCUGGGUGAAAAAAA